AAAUGUAGUGCAGUUGCUUCCAAUAUGGCCGCGCCCAGUGUUGCUAUGGACAGCAGGCAUCAAAGUAGUCACAAACUCAACAAGGCUGAGAAGAAGUUCUUAAGGAAACAGAUUAAAGCCAGGCAUACUUUGCUGAGACAUGAAGGCAUCGAGACAGUAUCUUAUGCCACUCAGAACCUGGUUGUUGCCAAUGGUGGUUUGGGUAAUGGUGUGAGUAGGAACCAACUGCUCCCAGUUUUGGAAGACUGUGGGCUGGUGGAUGCUCUCUUAAUGCCACCUAACAAGCCCUACUCAUUCGUGAGAUACAAAACCACAGAAGAAUCCAGGAAAGCCCAUGCUACUCUUAAUGGAAAAGAGAUAGUGGAUGAUUUAGGACAAAAGAUCAUUCUGUACUUGAAUUUUGUGGAAAAAGCACAGUGGAAGGAGUUGGGGCCUCAGGCCUUACCCCCGGGCCUCGUGGUAAUAGAAGAAAUCAUUUCUUCCGAAGAUGAGAAAAUGCUUUUGGAAAGUAUUAAUUGGACAGAAGAUACAGAUAAUGAAAAUUUUCAAAAAUGCUUGAAACACAGAAGAGUAAAGCAUUUUGGUUAUGAAUUCCGCUAUGACAACAACAACGUAGAUAAAGAUAGGCCACUACCCGGGGGUCUUCCUGAUAUUUGUGAUAGCAUUUUGGAGAAGUGGUUGAAGGAAGGUUACAUUAAGCAUAAACCUGAUCAACUGACCAUAAAUCAGUAUCAACCUGGGCAUGGAAUUCCUGCUCAUAUUGACACGCAUUCUGCUUUUGAGGAUGAGAUCAUUUCUCUCAGUUUGGGGUCAGAGAUUGUCAUGGAUUUUAAGCAUCCAGAUGGUAUCACAGUCCCAGUUAUGUUGCCUCGUCGGAGUUUGCUGGUGAUGACAGGAGAAUCUAGAUAUCUUUGGACCCAUGGAAUCACACCCAGGAAAUUUGAUACUAUUCAAGCAUCUGAGCAUCACAAAAGUGGAAUUAUCACCAGUGAUGUUGGAGACUUAACUUUAAGCAAGAGGGGGAUCCGAACAUCAUUUACAUUUAGGAAAGUGAGGCGAACACCUUGUAACUGUAGUUACUAUUUGGCCUGUGACAGCCAGAGGAAAGAGAGUCCUCCUUCAUUUCCAGAGAGUGAUCAAGAAGCCUCACAGCUGGAGCGAGAGUAUGUCCAUCGAGUGUAUGAGGAGAUUGCUGGGCACUUCAGCAGCACCAGACAUACCCCUUGGCCACACAUCGUGGAGUUUUUGAAGGCUUUGCCAGAUGGUUCAAUAGUGGCUGAUAUUGGAUGUGGAAAUGGAAAGUACCUUGGCAUCAAUAAGGAGUUAUAUAUGGUUGGUUGUGACCGUAGCCAGAAUCUUGUGGACAUUUGUAGAGAAAGACAAUUUCAGGCCUUUGUGUGUGAUGCGCUGGCAGUGCCAGUCCGCAGUGAGUCUUGUGAUGCCUGCAUCUCCAUUGCUGUUAUUCACCAUUUUGCAACAGCAGAACGUAGAGUGUUGGCUCUCCAAGAACUUGUUCGACUCCUGAGACCUGGUGGGAAAGCACUUAUCUACGUCUGGGCAAUGGAACAAGAAUAUAAUAAACAGAAGUCUAAAUAUCUUAAAGGAAACAGAAUUAGCCAAGGAAAGAAAGAGGAAAUAAGCAGUGACGCUUCUGCACAAGGAUUGCUUCUGGAGCAAAUGCCUGACAUGGACCAUCAAGACUCAGCAUCUUCAGUCCCCUCCUUUAGUGACAUUCAGGAGGGAGAAUGUCAUUCAAAGAAAGUUGCUAAUUCUGAGCUGCCUGUUCAUACCAACAGGACUUCUUUUCAUUCUCAAGACGUUCUAGUUCCUUGGCACCUUAAGGGAAGCUCUGGGAAAGACAAACCUGUUGAGUCAUUGGGUCCAUUAGGAUCCUGUGACACCAGUGCUGUGUUUCAUCGUUACUACCAUGUGUUCUGUGAGGGAGAACUGGAAGCUGCCUGCCAGACUUUGAGUAAUGUCAGCAUUCUGCAAAGCUACUAUGAUCAGGGAAACUGGUGUGUGAUUCUUCAAAAGCUCUGAUUUAUUUAAAUGACCAAAUCAUAUAGAAACACAUAGCUUUUUGUUUUUAAAGGAGACUUAAUUAAUUGUACUUCUAAUUAAAGAGAAAAUGUGUGGAAAAGUAACGAAGGAGGAUGCCUGCCACAAGUACGGAAGUAGAAAUUAGGAAACAUUCAGUCUGCUACUGUUGGCUGACUCCUUAGGUGUAGGCCCCUUCUCACCUUACUACUAAUGGUGAUUUUCAAAAUUACUUGAAGUAGUUGGUGAAAUGUUUGGUAUCUUUGGAUAGGAAUACAGCAUUUUGAAGGUAAUCUUUUGUUAUAAAAUGUUACUAAUUAAAUGAUAUCAUGUCAAUUCUUAGUGAAGUGAUUUCACAAUGUUUUAAUAAAAUAUUCCCAAUCAGUAGGAGAUUGUCUGCAAUUUUGUCUGCAUCUUUUUGCUCCAUAAGAUCAUAGAUGUUAACCACUUUAUCACCAAACUUUACGUGACACAGUGGGUGCCCAGUAAAAUUUUAAUCAAUCAAAGGGUGUUUGGCCUAGUGGUGAAGAUGCCAUUUAAGAUGCCUGUAUCACAUACUGGAGUACCUGGGUUUGAUGCUUGGCUCAAACCUUCUUACUCCAACUUUAUGAUAAUGUGGACUUUGGGAGGCUCAAGUAACUGGGUUCUUACCAAUCAUGUGGGAGACCUGAAUUGAGUUCCUGCCAGUUUUGGCCUUGCCUAGCUCUAGCCCUUGUGAGCAUGUGGGGAAUAAACUAGUGGUUGUCAGCCCUCUCAAUUUGUCCAUCUGUCUCCUUCUGUCCUGAUUCUAGAAAAAAUAAUCUUUUAAAAUCAGAUAACACCUAUACUUAGGUACUUCAGUCAACAAAUACUUAUUGAACCUCUACUAUUUACUAAUUACUACUAUUUUAAGUACUGAGAAUGGAGCAGAGAAUAAGAAAGAACAGCUUUAACUUCAUGGAGCUUACUUUCUAGAAGGGGAGACAGAAGAUAUACAAACAAAUAGUUACUACUUGCCAGAUAGUGAUAAAUGCCUUAAAAAAUAUAAAACAAUAGUGGGGUUUCACAUGGGAGGAAAAUAUGAGCAAUCUUAAACAACAAGCACAAAGCUGGAGGUAUCAAAAUACUAGAUUUCAAGACAUACUACAGGGCAUUUAUAAUCAAUACAGCCUGGUUCUGGCACAGAAAUAGACACGUAGACCAGUGGAACAGAAUAGAAUUCCCAUAAGCCAAUCCAAGCAUCUACAGCCAGCUAAUUUUUGACAAAGGAGCUACAGUCAACCCCUGGAGAAAGGACAAACUAUUCAACAAACAGUGCUGGGAAAAUUGGGUUUCUGCAUGUAGAAGUAUGAAACAACACACAUACCUUACACCUUACACAAAAAUCAACUCAAAAUGGAUCAAAGAUCUAAAUCUGUGACCUGAUAACAUCAAACUACUAGAGGAGAAUACUGGGGAAACUCUGCAGGACAUUGGUAUAGACAAAGAUUUCUUGGAAAAGACUCCAGAAGCACAGGCAAUCAAAGCCAAAAUAGACAAAUGAUAUUACAUUAAGCUAAGAAGCUUCUGAACUGCAAAGAACCAUUUAACAAAGUCAAGAGGCUGCCCACAGAAUGGGAGAAAAUAUUUGCAAACUAUACAACUGAUAAAGGAUUAUUAUCUAGAAUCCGAAAAGAGCUCAAGAAACUUAACAGCAAAACAAACAAUCCAGUUAAGAAAUGGGCAAAAGACUUGAACAGACAUUUUUCAAAAGAUGAAAUUCAAAUGUCCAACAGACAUAUGAAAAAAUGCUCAGAAUCAUUAGCCAUCAGAGAAAUGCAAAUCAAAACCAUACUGAGGUUUCACCUCACUCCAGCUAGAAUGGCUGUCAUACAUAAAUCAGCAAACUGAAUACUGGUGAGGAUGUGGGGAAAAUGUCCCCUAAUCCUUGGUUGGUGGGAAUGCAGAUUGGUACAGCCAUUGUAGAAGACAGCAUGGAGAUUCCUCAGAAAGCUGAACACAGAUCUACUAUAUGAUCCAGCCAUCCCACUCCUGGGAAUUUACCCAAGGGAAAUGAAACAAGCAAAGAAAAGAGUUAUCUGUAACCCACCAUGUUUAUUACAGCUCAAUUUGCAGUAGCUAAAAUAUGGAAUCAACCCAAAUGUCCAUUAGCUGAUGACUGGAUAAAGAAAAUAUGGUGUAUAUAUAGACUAUGGAAGAUGACUCAGUCAUAUAAUAGAAUGAAAUCCUGUCUUUAGCAAACUGGGAGCCAUUAUACUUAGUGAAAUAAGCAGGUCCCAAAAAGAUAAAUAUCAUAUGUUUUCCCUGA